AAUUACCCUAAAGUAUUAUGCGUAAUCGCUGCGCAGCCACAAUCGCAAGAACAGAGUGGAUGCGUCCCGCCCACGCAGUCUGGAGGCGAGAGUCCCAGAAUGCAAAGCGAGAAGACAUGGACCAAAAUGACAAUGAUCUCCAGGGGACUGAUGGUUCAGGUAUUCUUGGAGGCCCAGAUGUUCGUCGGCGGAUUCCCAUCAAGUUACUGUCCAAACAGAACAUAAGAAGCAAGCCUACUGCCCGGCCACAACGGCCUAUCACCAGGGGACCAUCAAAUGGACAAAAUGAUGAAGGUACCGAGUCUUUUAGCUGUAAACAGGAGGAAAGAUUUGAAUGCAAAUCUGGGGAUGCUUAUGGGAGCCAGCGGAGAUUCCCCCAUCCUUUAUUCUGGGACUAUAAGCUUAAUUUAGUUGGAGAGAAAGAUGACACUCCGAUUCAUUUCUGUGAUAAGUGUGGACUGCCCAUCAAGCUAUAUGGCCGAAUGAUUCCCUGUAAGCAUGUGUUCUGCUAUGACUGUGCGGUGCUCUACGAGAAGAAAAAUGAUAAGAUGUGCCCAGGUUUGUCCAUGUACAGCUGCACGGACCCGGUCCAACGCAUCGAACAGUGCCAACGCGGCUCCCUCUUCAUGUGCAGCAUUGUCCAGGGCUGCAAGCGCACCUACCUCUCUCAGCGGGACCUGCAGGCCCACAUUAACCACCGCCACAUGAGAUCGGGAAAGCCUGGAGGCUCCAGACCUGAGCCAUCUCCGGCCUCAGACCCACCAGACCGCUUCCGGCUGCCGCCGCCGCCUCACCUGUCCAAAGGCCACCCUCUAAUCCCUCCUCCACUGCAGGGCCACGAACCCUACGGCCAACCUCCCCCAGCCUCGCCCUCUCCAUCUGACCUGGGGCCCUCAUCUCGAGGCCUUCCCCCAGAGACCUUCCGCAUAGCCACUGUGACCACACGCAAGCACAGCAAUCUCAUCACUGUGCCCAUCCACGAUGACUCGGGCAGCUCUGGCCCACGUGACCCACACCCACAAACUCCCCCCGGCCCACCCCCGCACCACCACCCCGGAGACUACCCCGGCCAAUCUGUUGUGUCCCACCCACACCACAUCAUGCCCCCACCUCAGCAGCAGCACUACGGUCCCCCUCCACCACCUCCUCCUCCUCUCAGCCACCCCAUGCAGCACCCAUCUCAAGCUUCGGCCGCGCCGCACAUGGUCUACAACCAGGCACCUCCGAUGUCCACUGCCCCGCCUCCCAUCACCCCUCCUGGACACAUCAUAAACCAGAUGCCUCCAUUUAUGAACCACCCUCUGCAGGGGCCACUGUCUCAACAUGGGGGUCCACCUGUCAGUGCCCCACCUCCUCACCACUACAACCCUAAUUCCAUGCCACAGGACCAGGGCACCCUCAGCCCACCAUUUAGCCAGCCUGGAGGCUUAAGCCCGGGUAUGUGGCCUGCUCCCCGAGGCCCUCACCCUCCACGCAUGCAGGGACCUCCUCCUCAGGGGCCCCAUCAUCCUGAGCAGGGCAGAUACAGACCGUACUACCAAUAGCGCUAGGCCUGUGUCAGUUUAUCACACAUCUUGAACAUUGACAUAAUUGAACUCAUUUCAGUUCACUGGUGGAGCUGUGUGUACGUGUGUCUGUGAUGAUAAUGUGACUGAUGUUUUGUAUGAGCAUACCCUGCUGCUUACUGUGUAAUUUUAAUUUUGUAACAGAUGAGUUAAGUAUGUAGUCGUAAGUGAGGUAAAUAAUGGUGCAGUACAGUCAAAUGAUAUAUAUUGGCUAAAGUUACUGACUUCUGACUUCUUUUUGCUUGAACACUUUUCUUAACACAUCGGAACAUUUUAAACAUUUUAAAGAAUCUUGUACCCAUGGACUGCAAUAAAUAACACUUGAACAGGUGAA